ACAUAUUUAUUAGCCAAAAAAAAAAAGAAAGAAACUAAAACCCUUUUCUCUCUUUACAUAUAUAUGAUGGAGCAUAUUGGAGCUGAGAGACAAUGGAGCUCACUUAGUGGAGUUCAUACAGCUGAGGAAGCAGAUUUCAUGGCUUUGUUGCUCAAUAGUAAUACUAAUCCUCAAUUGAUGAGUAGUAGUGGAACACUGCCACCAUUGUGGUCUGGUCAUCAUGAAUCAUCAUCAUCAUCACCACCAUAUAAUAAUGGAAGUAGUAGUUAUUCUCAUUAUUGUUCUUUAGAAAUCUCCAACUCUAAUUUAUUAUACACUAAUUUUAAUAAUGAACAAGAUCAUCAUGAUUAUUGCUUGAAAAAUAUCAACGGCCAAGAAUUAAUGAUCAGUAGUGAUGAAAACUUGGAAGAAGAGAAGGUAAUUUCAAAAUCAAUAAUCCCAGCAUCUCAUUAUAAUAAUAAGAAGAAUAAUUCUAUGAUGAAAAGGCCUCGAAGCAACAAUGCAGAAAAUAAUGUUAAAGUAGAAAAGAGGUGUAAUAAUAAUAAGAAGAAACAGAAGUUGGUGUCAACCAAGGUUAACAAUGUUAUCAAAGAAGAAGAAGAAGGUAAUAAUAAUAACAAUAUAAAUGGACAAAGCUGUAGUAGUUAUUGUAGCUCAGGAGAUGACUCCAUUGAUAAUAAUGGGUAUGGCUCACAAGAUCAGAUGAUGAUUAUGAGUCCAAAAGAGAAUAAUAGUAGUAGUUCAACUUUCGAUUCUCAAGGCAAAACAAGAGCCAGAAGAGGCUCAGCUACAGAUCCACAAAGCCUUUACGCUAGGAAAAGAAGAGAGAGAAUAAAUGAGAGGCUAAGAAUCUUACAGAAUAUUGUCCCUAAUGGAACAAAGGUAGAUAUUAGCACAAUGCUUGAGGAAGCUGUCCAAUAUGUUAAGUUCUUACAACUCCAAAUUAAGCUUUUGAGUUCUGAUGAUAUGUGGAUGUACGCUCCAAUCGCUUACAAUGGAAUGGAUAUCAGACUUGAUCAUCUCAGACUUGCCAUAUGAUCAUAUCAUAAAACAACAAAAUGAGAUCGACACCUAUAUAUACCACGCUUUAAUUUCUGUUUAUUCAAAAGAUUAUAUAUGCUAUCACUAAAUAAUUAAAUAAACUAUAUAUAUUGUAAAGAAAAAUCAGAAACAAUUCUUUUAGUUCAUUUAUUGUUACGGUGGAUCUGAUCCCUGGGGAACCCCAAUGCCAAAUUUCAACAUAUCAUAUA